ACAAACAAGAUAAGCUACCACAAGUCAGUUCCAAGAUGGAUGAAAGACUACGCUGGCUUGAGACUCGUAUCAGUUCAUCUCUCAGGCCCAGGAAUGAAGAACUGAAAAACCUUUUCCUCAAUGAUGACAACAGACUUGCUUUCUAUGAGUUUAUCAACAAUGAAGACAUCAAGAAGCUGUUUGUUUACGUGCGCCCGAUGCGACAGUUUACAGCUGCGCUGCAACCUCCACAUGACCUCAAAUCCAAAUCAAUAUUCUUCCUCAAGUGCAAUCCUGGAACCAAACUCACCAAAGAUAACAUGGAUCAAGAAGUGUUUUAUAUGGACUGUAACAAUGUGCCCCUGGAGCACCUGGAACUCACUAUUAGAGAGGUGUACCUGCCUUUACUGGGCACCAACCAACCCAGUGUCAUGGAGGCCGGUAUCAACGGGGACAAGAUCAUGGAUAUCUUGCAUAGGCUAAUGGCAGCAGUGGAGGUCACACAGGGUCAUGUCAGGGGUCAGAUAGUGCUGAACAUGCCGUCUAUAGAAGUCCUGGCCGAGGCAGCAGCAUCACCAAACAGACGAGGAGCAGUUCUACACGUCCUGGAGUCAACAGUCAUCAACUGGAUCAAACAGAUCAGGGUGGUGUUGAAGCAUGAUCCUACAGCAGACUUACAGAAUCAGUUCGGCAACGAGCCAGGCCCCUUGGAGGAGAUGAAGAUGUGGGAGAACCACCUGGACCGACUCCACUCUGUCAACACCCAGCUGGACUCUGACAUGUCCCUGGACAUUCUACACAACCUGGAGCAGGCCAACAGCCAGUACGCCCACUCCUUCAGCAGUGUGAGGAAGGAGAUCAAUAAGGCUGUAGCCGAGACUAACAAGAUCUUGAAGUUCCUGAGUACAAUGAGGCCGUGGUUUGAGAGACUUCACAUUGCCACAGAGCCACGGCAGAUGCUAGUGUUGUUCAAACCUCUAAUGACAGUACUCAAGCUUGUGUGGAGCAGCUCCACGUACUACCACCAGAUAGACAAGUUCCACAACCUCCUCAGAUUGCUGUCAAAUGAAGUUGUUCACAGAGCCAUAGCCAUGGUUGGAGAGGAUGUACUGAGAGAACCAUUAGAGUGUGCGGUGGUAAUAGCCAUGGUGGUGGAGGAUGUACUGAGAGAACCACUAGAGUCCUACACUAAGCUGAAGGAGGCAUUGAGAGUGUGUGCCGCGUUCCGGGGAACCUACCUGGACUUCAAGGACACAGCUGAUGACCUGAACGCUCAGAACAUCGCUGAAAACGCAGAAAGACUUGCAGCAAGACCCCAAGGGGCUCUGUUCUCGACUAAAAUGUAUGGCCCCCAUGCAUACACUCCACGAUAUGGACUGCGGAACUCGGAGAGUCACUCCAGCACAGCGUCCCUGGAUGAGGAAGACCUGUGGAAUGACAGUCCCUGGCCUCCCCGGAACGCUCCAUGCUUUGAUCUUCUCAACAGCUUCAUGGAGAGGUGCAAUGAUGUGCUGGAGUUGGUGGAGACGACGCGGCACUUCCGACUGCUGGCAGGGGCAGCGGAGGUGGGCGGAGCUGGGAGCUUGAGUCUGGAUGCGAUGGUGAAGGAGAUACACCAGAAAUAUACCUACGCCAUGCAGGAGUUCUUCUCUGUUGUUGACAAUGUGUUGAACAUAGAUGGAUCACAGUUGUUUGAGAGGUCCUUCUUCAAGUUCAGGACAGUUGUAAAGUCCCUAGAGAAACGUCUAGCUGGGAUCCUACGUCAGGCAUUCUGUCAGUGUCCUACUGUAGAGGCACAGCUCCGACUCCUGGAGGUGUUUGAGGGUGUCAGUAGCAGGGAGCUCGUCCAGGGGAUAAAACAAAGACUGGCCCACCUCGGUGACAAGGAUGAACAACUGGUUCGAGGAGCCUUCCUCAUGAGCUGCAGCAAGUCAGGGCCAUGUUCUCGCGAGAACUCCAUCUCACCCCCACACUACAACAUGCCCCUGUCGUCAGCAGGCUUAUGGGUGGUGGCACUCAGAGAGAGAAUUAGGAUACCAUGGGAGAAACCGUCAUGUGAGUCCCCACUCAGUGGAGGGGCAGUGGUAACUUGCGAGAUCACGGGAAACAUUACAAUGACUGCAUUCAAGAACUGGAAGC